AUAUAUUCAACUCCUUAAGCUGAAUGAGCAUGAAGUCUGUCUCCUCAUUGCUCCAGAAGUGCACGUUUCUGCUUGCCUGUGGCAGUGGGGGCGUGGUCAAGCGCCGGUCUGUGACAGGAGGGCAGAGCCAGGCAAGGUAUUCUCUCUGUCAGAAUAAUGAGGAAGAGACAACAUUGGAAACCUCAGUUUUGUGUAUUUAAGCACUGGAUAAUUGAGAGUUGAGUUUGAGGACGUAUAGUAAAAUCUGACCCGAUGGCGAAAAAAGGACGCUCCAAGGGUGAAAAACCUGAAGCCAUCAUCUCUGCCUUACAAGCAGCCAAUGAAGAUCUCAGAUCCAAACUAACUGACAUUCAAAUUGAACUGCACCAAGAAAAAUGCAAGGUCAGCAAGUUGGAACGUGAUAAGAUACAGGAGGCUAAGCGCAUCCGUGAGCAAGAGCAGCACCGGCACACUGCAGCUCUUACUGAACAGCGAGCACGCUGGCAUGAGGAGAAGCUGAAGGAGCUGACAGCCCUGCGUGAAUCACUGACACGACAGCAUGAGCAGGAGUUAGGAAGAACUGCUAAGAUCAAGGAUGGUGAGAUCCAGAGGCUACGGUCUGCACUAGCUGCAUUGCGUGAUGGAACUGGUGAGAAAGUUCGCACAACACUGGUGCUGGAGGCACGUGAUGAGGCACGGCGUUUCUUUGAGCAGGAGCGUGCAAAGUUGCUAGGUGAGAUUGCUGAACUGAAGGCUGCAAAGCGUCACACAGAUGAGGCUCUCAAUGCUGCCAUCCAGGCUGAUAAGACAAAGGCGGUUGACCUGCGCUCUGAGCAUCAGGCACAUCAGGAACAGAUCACCAAGAUCAAGUGGGACUGUGAGCGUGACAUUCGGCGGCUGGUAGAUGAAAUUAAAGCAAAAGACAGGACAAUUUUCUCUUUGGAGAAAGAACUGGAGACCACUACAGGUUUCCUGCAGAAGUUGCAGCUUCAGAAGGAUGCAUUGGAUGAGCAGCUUUUCCUUGUGAAGGAAGCAGAAUGUAACCUUGGAAGUCCAAAAAGAGAGAUCCCUGGAAGGGCUGGCGAUGGAGCAGAGCACUGUGGGAGCCCGGAAAUGAGGAGGAAUCAAAGACGUGUUGCUGAAUUGAACUCCACAAUCCGAAAACUGGAGGACCGUAACGCACUUCUAGUGGAUGAAAGAAAUGAGCUACUAAAGCGAGUGCGGGAAACAGAGAAACAAUGUAAGCCGCUGCUGGAUAAGAACAAGCUAUUGAGUAAGAAGAAUGAUGAGCUGACUCAGUCUCUCUUGCGUAUGGAAGAAAAGCUUAAGAGCUUGAGCAAAGAGUAUCUGGAGAUGAAAGAGAAAAUUACUUCUCAUCCACCACUAAAGAAGCUGAAAUCUUUGAACGACUUGGACCAGGCUCAGGAUGAACAAGAGAUUGAGUUCCUUAAGUUGCAGGUUCUUGAGCAGCAGAGCAUGAUUGAUGAGCUGACUAGAGACAGAGAAAAACUUCUUAGGAAGAAGCGGCAUAAACGAAGCAGGCCUAUUAAGAGGCAUAUUGUUGUGGACACAUUCUAUGGAUACGAUGAAGAGUCUGUGGACUCCGAGACCUCCUCUUUGGCCUCUUUACGUAUAGAUCGUACUCCAGCCACACCAGAUGAAGAACUGGAUGAGGGUCUGGCCACUGAGGAGUCUGAGCUGCGCUUCAGGCAGUUGACACGGGAGUACCAGGCCCUUCAGAGAGCCUAUGCCCUACUACAGGAGCAGAAAGGUGGUGUUUUUGAUGCUGAGAUGGAAGCCAAGGCUCAUGAGCAGCUCCAAGCUGAUGUGCAGAGGUAUAAAGCAAAAAUUGAAGACCUAGAGAAAGAGCUUGCUUCUAAAGGACAAGAUUCCAAAUGGGUAGAGGAGAAACAGCUGUUCCUCAGGCGCAAUCAAGAGUUCCUGGAGAAGAUGGAAAAGAUGGAUAAUGAAAAUGCCCAGCUGCAGCAAGAGCUCCAAGACUCUAAAGACCAGAAUGAGCUGCUUGAGUUUCGCAUCCUUGAACUCGAGGAGAGAGAGAGAAGAUCCCCACCUUUCACUCUUUCAAUUCACCCCUUCUCGCAGGGAGUAAGUGCUCUUCAGAUCUACUGUAUAAAGGAAGGAGUAAAGGAUGUGUGUAUACCUGAUCUCAUCAAAUUGUUAGAUAUUCUGGGAGAUAAUGGAAAUUUAAGAAAUGAAGAACAAGUAGCCAUUAUCCAAGCAAGUACAGUCCUGUCUCUGGCUGAGAAGUGGAUCCAGCAAAUUGAGGGCACAGAGGCAGCACUCCAUCAGAAGAUGAUGGACUUAGAGCUGGAGAUGGAGAUGUUCUGCAAGCAAAAGGGAUAUCUGGAGGAGGAGCUUGACUACAGAAAGCAGGCCCUUGAACAGGCUUAUAUGCAAAUCCAAGAGUUGGAGGCAACCCUGUAUAAUGCACUGCAACAAGAUAAAGUGAUCAAAUAUGGUGAGCCGCUGAAUGAGCUGCAGAGGGAUGAGCUGCGCACAGCUGUGGAGAAGCUACGACGCCAGAUGCUGAGGAAGAGUCGCGAGUAUGAUUGCCAGGUUCUGCAGGAGAGAAUGGAGCUCCUCCAUCAAGCCCACCAGAGAAUAAGAGACUUGGAGGAUAAGACAGAUAUUCAGAGAAGGCAAAUUAAGGAUCUGGAGGAAAAGUUUUUAUUUUUGUUUCUUUUUUUUUCUCUUGCCUUUAUUCUUUGGCCAUAAUGUCUGACAUCUGCUGCAGGGGUGCUGCGGCAACCUAGAAAUUUUCUGAGGAACUGCCGUUUUCCACUUGUGAAGACUAGAACUGUACUACUGACCAUUUUCCUUUAUUGUUAUUAUGGGCAGGUGGUGUUGGAAAUGUAGUGCUGGUUUAUAGUACCUGCAAUGGAUUUGCCCUCCAAAGUAAGGAAGCUUUGGAUUACCAGGCAAAAUAACAAAACGUGAACUAACACACUGUGUCAACAAACUGCAGGUAAAUCAAACCAAGAUGAGGAGGAUUAUACUGUUUAUCUCUGCCAUGCAGGGGAUUUGCCAUUCCACCUGCCUACUGCCUCUUUCACACCAGAAAUUCCAUCCUUCAUCAGACUCUGUUAGAACCUAUCAAUGCUCUCGUGUAUUUUUUUUUCUUCCCACCCACACAAACAUGCAUAAGAAUGGACAAUGUUAUUCACACUCAUGAACACCCAGGAGUUAUGACACCUGUCUCAGGUCCUUGUUCUCUGGACUCCUAAGGACAGAUUUUCACUGCCUGAAAUGGGAAAUGAGAUCAAAAGACUACAUUCACUGCAAACAUAUUGCUCAGUCUAAUCAGUCCAGUUCCUCAGAAACCAGUUCACUUCAAAAUAUUGGUGAAACUGACAGAAAUUCCAAUUAAAAGUACUAUUUACUUAUUGUGCCCAUGAGCCCAUAUAUACCAUUUCCCUGUCAUUAAUCAAAAUUGUAUUAGUAAAAAAUUAUCACUUGGUAUAAAUUGUUAUGUACAUUUGUUAGAAUCAUUUCUUCUAGUGCUCCUCCCUCCCACUAUGAAUACACCCCUUUCUUGACAGCUUGAGCAGGAGCAUCUCUCAGCAGUUUAUAAUUUAUUGAUUGCUGUAGUGACAGGUGCAAAUGAAAUGCAAAGACAUUUGUCUUCACUUAUUUUUUCCUACAUCUGCUAUCUCGGGAGAGGUUUUCUUCCUCCCCACCUGUAAUGGGAACCCAUCCUUUUUACCCUUUCAGAGGAAAAACAUUAUCCUACAGGCAGAAGCUUCUUCAGCUGAUUUGUAUGGAUUAAUUUGUUCCAGCUACCCUUGAAGUUCAUUCUAAUGUGCUUGUAAAUGUUUUUGACAAUUGGACACCUAUACCUGGGUUAAUUAAAAUCUAAAUACCUCUUCA